AUGUUUUCGUCCCACAAGUCUCUUAUUAAUACUCCCCGAGAAGGCCGACGGGCCCAGAGAGGCUCUGGGCUUGAGUUUACGCCGAUAGGGGCCAAUAGGAAACCCGUCAUGUCCACUAGCGGGUACUUCCCCAUGCUGCAGCGCAACAUGGCGCAGAAAACGAGUGUUGAGAACGGCUCGCCUGUCAAGCGAAGCAGCAUAACCAACUCAUCAUUUGAUGAGACGUUCGAUGUUCUAAAUGACGACAACAGAGACGACCGUGUUUUUAGGGGAGCAGACAUUUUGCCUGAUUUUUCCGACAACGAGACGGAGCCAAUAGUGCACGACGCCAAAGACCAUGCGUUUGUGGAAGAUGGCAGUAAUUUGCUGCGGAAACAGCACGAUCAGGUGCAAAAUUUGCAGGAAGAGAACCUGAAUCUACGAAUCGAGCUGCUGACUCUGAGAAAGUACCUGGAAGGUCAGCCCAAGGACAAAGUUGACAUCAUCAAUCAGAACGUUGAGCUCAGCCAGGAAAAUGUGAGUUUGAGAGAUAGAGUGGACGCCUUGCAAGAGCGGUUGCGAGGCGAAGACAAGGAGAACCUGCUAUUGCGCAAUGAGAAACAACUUCGACACUACGAGCAGGAAGUUGAGAAAUACGAGAUGCGACUUCGCGACUUUGAGCACGUGAAACGCGAGCUGGAGGCCGAGCGUCAGCGCGCAGACAAGAACGAAGACCGCGCACUUGAUCUACAGCAAGAAGUGCACGCAUUGAUGGACGAGAAAGACCAGCUACAGGCCUCGCGCGAAAAGCUCGAAGCCGAGCUCCGAGCACUGCAGUCGCGGCUGGAGGAUUUGCAGGACAAUAUUGACGACCAGUCGCGCUCCAAGAGCAAGAUAGACGACCUCGUGGACAAUCUGAACGACGCCAACAAGUUCAUCGAUGAGAUUGGCAGCAAGCUUGAGGACAAAACAAGCGAAAACGCAGAGUUGAAGCGCAGGAUUGAGGGCCUGGAAUCCAAAAACGAAGAUCUUAAGUCAAAGAACCACCGUUUGUCUGAAAUCCUAUACCAGCUCAAGGAUGAAAUUCGUCAUUUGGAAGACCGCAGAUCAAACAGCACUAUACGCAAACUUGAAGACGAAAACAGAGAUCUACGACAAGAGGUGGAAGAGCUGUUCAGCCGCCAUCAGCAAGACACCAAGACCAUCACUAAUUUACAGCUAGAGAUCCGCAAACUGGAGUCAGAUACCGCAGACCACAUGGGCAACGAAUCGUAUAUCGAUGCUGUUGAGGAAGAGAAAAAUACAUUGUACGACAAUAUCAUCAAGCUUAAUGAGAAAUUGAAGGACGCUGAGCACAAGUGCAAGCAUCUGCAGCGCGAGCUUGAGACCAAAGCCAAAGACCUUGAAAGCCGCGAACUGGAGUUGCAGCGGCUAAGGAAACUUGAUCGCGGUAGCAGCAGAAAUGAUAUGAUGGAUACUGUUGAAGAAUUACAGAACAAACUUAUUCAAGAACGCAAUAAGUUUGUGAACGAGAUCGACAAGAUGGAUUCCAAAUUUGUUAACGAGAAGAACGAGCUGUAUGACACGAUCGAUAAGCUGCAACGGGAAAAGCUCGAAAUCGUCGAAGACUUUGAGAAAAUUCAGCGCGAGUACAACAACCUAUUGGACAAGAUGCAUGACUCGCAAGCAAACUCUGAGCUGCAGGAUCUUGAGCGCGAUUUCAAAAAGCUAUCUUUUUCCUAUGCCACUAAAUGUCAGGAGCUGGAGGAUGUUAGGUAUGAGUCCGACUCGUUGGUGCGUGAUCUAAAAGAAGAGCUGUCUUACAAAGAGGUCGAAGCUAAAAGAUUACAGUCGCGUAUCGAGCAAAUGACCUCUGAGCUUAAUGAGCAAGCUGGCUUGCACAAGUCUGAGAGCAAACUUCAGCUCCGCGAGCUCAUGGAGGACAAGAGGCUGCUGGAGGAGAAGUAUAGUGAUAGUUUGCGUGAGAACAACCAGCUGAGACGACAGCUUGAGUCGCUAAAGGCAAGGGACGACCUGGAAAAGCCAGAUAGUUUUGAGGUGAAGGAGUUGCGCAGGGAGCGCGAUGGUUUGAGAACGGAGCUUUCAGUCACGAAGAAAGAGCUGGCCGAGCUGAAAUGGAAACUCGACGAUGCUCUGGAGGAGCGGAAACAGCUUGUGGAGUCGAUUUCGUCGCUUGAUAGCGAUCAACAGCGUGUCAGCGAAGAAAACUUGAAACUCACCACCGAGCUUGAGGACUUGAAAUACAAAUUGAACUCGCGGAGCUCGCGAAAGGAGCUGGAGCUCAAGGAUAUGGAGAUUAAGAAGCUUGUGGAUGAUUACAACGAAAUGAAGAACGACUUACUCAACAGGUACGACGCGCUUCAUAAAGAGAAAACUGCUCUUUCCAAAGAGCUAGACGAGAUGCGUGCGAAUCUCGAGCGCUCCAAGGCUGCGCAAGAAGUGCUCCUGAGCAAGCAGAUGAAAAGGACUGAAUACCCGCUUUCUCCAGUGAGUCCCCAGCGCUCGCCAAAGUCGCGAGACCACUCUUCGGACCCGCGUGUUAAUUUGCUGGAGAGCCAAAAACAGCUAUUCAAAAUCAAGUUGCAGCAGUAUAAGGACUGCAACUCUGACCUCAAGUUUGUGGCCAAUUUCCUAACGCGCGAGCUGGAGAGCAAAGAGCGCGUCGUGGCCAGUCUUCAGAAACUGAGCGGAAUCAGCAAGGAGAAACCCCAGCUGACCUUCCGCGCCGUGGCCCUGGCUGUUCUAGCCAGCGUGAGGUUCAAGACUCGACUUGAGCAGCUGAAGCAGAAAAUGAUGGAGGAGCAACAUGUGAAGAAGGCCAUUGGCCGCUAUAAGGAAGAGACAGUAGAUGUAUGA